AUGUCAGUUCGCACUCGCCGCGUGUUGGUCAUUCUGGAUCUUCAAACCAACGACCCUUCCAUCACUCAAGUAAGUAGUUCCAAGCCAAAUUGUGAGUACCCGCCACUUCGUGUCGGGUCUCCGAUUGUCAGAGAGAAUUAUCGAACGGUCAUUCAAUACACACCGGAACAAAUGGUUUCUUUUCGAAGAACCCCCCACAGCAUUUCUUCUAUAGUUUCUGUAUUCGACAAAAUCACGAUGAAGAGGUCUGCGUCGUGUCAUACUCCAAAACCACAAACAGCCGUUUCAGAGAACAUUAACUCGACUUCAUUCAUUCGAAGUUCGUUGAACAAAUUGUGUGAAGCAAAUAUGGCACAGAUCCUUAAAGAAGUUCACACACAAGUUCGCACGCUUGACGACGCAAAACUUGUUUUAACCAUUUUAUUCAAGAAAGCGGUGAACGAGAGGAAGUACACCAGUCUGUACGUCCGGUUCUAUAAAGAGCUGCAACUCUUAACAAUGACGACACGAGAGAGUGUCGCGAAUGAAAUGCCAAAAAUCCUUCUUGACUUUGCGCACGAAAUCUUCAUGAAAGUCCCUGGCGAAGUCGACGAAGAGGGGAAAACACAAGAAGAAAUCGAUGUGAUGAAAUUCGAGUUUCUUGGAAAUGUCAAACUGAUAUGCGAAUUGUACAAGAUGAAAGUUGUAGUGGAGGCCUUGCCAAUAUUUUGUAUGCAACAGUUAGUGAACGGGGGGCUUGUGGCUUUAGAGGCUUUAGCCGAUUUAAUGAAAAACGUUGGAAGGAUACGGUCCGACGAGUUGGUUGCAAUUAAAAACGCGAUAAUUCGCCGAGUUAAGGAAGGCAAACUGUCGAAGCGGUACGUCAUCAUAUUGGAGAAUGGGAUUAACGCACUUGGGUUUCGAGAUAAAUUGAUUUAA